AUGCUGGGAGUGUUCAGCGGGGGAUUGGUGGCGCCGCCGGAGGAGCUGGUGGUGGCGGGGAGCAGGACGCCGUCGCCGAAGACGAGGGCGUCCGAGCUGGUGGCGACCUUCCUCGAGGCCUCUGCUCCGGCCAUCUCUAUAAAUCUCGGCGGCGACGGCAGCCACCUUGCCUACUCCCACCACAACGAGUCUCCCUUCAGUCCCAGGUAUCUGCACCACGUCUGGCAGCGCCGCCUCAUCGCCGCCGCCACCCGGUGGGGGGCAGUAGGAUUGUAGGGAUAAUUGCUAAAACAAAAUAACAUAUUAAUCCCCAAAGAAAGCUAAAUUACAGGUCUACGAUCCGUCAUUCCAAACCAUUUAAUAAAACCCCUUUUUAUCUGGUAUUUCCAUAUAUAUCAUAAAAUUAGGAGCCAAAAGUAAACUUUCCAACAACAUAGGUCCCAGGAGCUUAUUUCGUCGUGUCCGAAAAUCUGUUAUUUGCGGGAGCCGGAGCUCCUCUGGAAACGCGUCGAUUCCUCUCUUCUUUUUGGAGGAGGUUUCUUCGAUUAGAUCCCGCCCUCAGACUGGUCCAGAUCUGUCUCCUGCUUCGUGCUCGAGGGGAAAAUCGCUUGAUCCUCUCAGGAGAUUCGUAUUUCUUUGCGUUGCCUGAUCCUCUCUGCGAGAUCUCGGGGUUCGGGGUGGAGUUUUCACUCUGAUUUCUGCAGGAUUUUUCCUCGCUGUUUUCCUUUGAUUGUGUUCGAUUGCUGAUGGAGAUCUCCUCCUUGUCUACCCGGGGAUCCGUCUCAGGUCAUUUGCGGUGAAGGAGAACAUAUUCUGCGUGUUCGAAGGCGUUCUCGACAACCUCGGGAGCCUGAAGCAGCACUACGGCCUCUCGAAGAGUGCCAAUGAGGUGCUGCUGGUGAUCGAGGCGUACAAGGCUCUCCGCGACAGGGCCCCUUACCCCCCAAGCCAGAUGGUGGGGCAUCUGCGUGGGAGCUUCGCCUUCAUCAUCUUCGACGCAUCGACAUCGUCACUCUUUGUAGCCUCCGUAAGCUCCCCCGCCAGUCGACUGAUUUCCGGGAAAUCUUCCUCUCCAAGCAACUCCGAUUGACGGCGAUCUGCGCUCCUUGUUUCAGGAUCCCCACGGGAAAGUGCCUCUCUACUGGGGGAUCACCGCAGACGGAUUCUUAUCCUUUGCUAAUGAUGUCAAUCUGCUGAAAGGCGCUUGUGGCAAGUCCCUCGCAUCUUUUCCGCAAGGUAGACCUCCUUCUCAUUCUUCGGCAAGCUUUUCCAUCUGUUUCUUCGUGGAUUCUGCACCUUCCAUAUCAUGAUUCAGAAAAACGUUCGAGGUUCUUUACUAUUAUUGCUUCUCUGAUAAUUUGUUCUAAUCAAUUGCAGGGUGCUUCUACUCCACAAGCCUAGGAGGGCUGAAAAGCUAUGAGUACCCUAAGAACAAGAUCACUGCCAUCCCUGCAUCCGAGGAAGAGAUCUGGGGCGCCACCUUCAAGGUUGGAGCCAUGAACCCUUCUCUUUGCUGCUAAUAUCAUUUCCCCAUGUAUUUUCGUUGAGAUUUCUCCUUUUAGGUUUUCUGAAUCAAAAUCACCUCUUUCUUUGGAAAAGAAACCAAGAACUUGAAUGAACCGAGAAUUCGGAAAAAAAAAAAAAACUGCCGCUCCUCUCAUCUUUCUUUUUUGUUUUUUUCUGGUUCGUGUUCGUUCUUAUUCAGUGAAGUUCACCCUCAUCUUCUACCUUCUAUCCUCGGCUUCAGUUCGGCAGAAACUGACCGUGCCAUCUCCUCAGGUGGAAGCAACUCCCGUCUUCGCCGCCAUGAAUUAG